AUGACCUGUAGCCAGUUGGGAGGUUUACUGCCGUUGAAUCUAGAGCUUGAACGCACCUGUCGCCAACUCAGGAGACAACAUCGAGCUAGACUGGCUACGGAGGAGCGCAUAGACGGCCAUUUGAGCAGCGAGUCCGAGGACGAGUACGAGAUGGAAGAUUACAAUCCACACCAGGGGAAUCCUCAGCAGGCUCCCCCGGUGAAUCAAGUCCUGGGGAACAACCCCAUCCCCCAGGCAGAUGGGGUUCAUCAUCAUCCACCGCCGCCGGGUACCACCUUGGAGUACUACUACACUCCACGGAUUGCUGACAUCCGCCCGGUCAUCCUCUACCUACCUAUUCCAGCGAACAACUUCGAGAUCAAGCCAUGCUGGAUUCAACUCAUUACAUCCUCUAUCCAGUUCCAUGGCUUGAAGGAUGAGGAGGCAAGGGUACAUCUUUCCCGUUUUCUGCAGCUUACGAACGGGUUCAAGCUGAACGGUGUCCCUGAUGAUGCAAUCCGCCUUCACCUCUUCCCCCAUUCUCUGGCGGGGAAUGCCAAAAGGUGGUUGGAGACUCAUCCCCCAUUGUCCAUCACUUCUUGGGAUGAUCUGGCUGACAAGUUCGUGCUUAGGUACUACCCAGCAUCGAAGACCAUAGAGAUCCAGCGGGAGAUCACUCACUUCCGCCAAGAGCCAGACGAGUCACUUCGUGAUGCAUGGGAGCGGUACAUGGGAUAUUUCUGGCAGUGUCCCCAUUAUGGCUUCAGUGAUGCAUUCACAGUGGGGAACUUCUACAGCGCUCUCUCUCCGGACAGCCAGAGGGUGAUUGAGUCUCUAUGCCCAGGAGGGGAUAUUCUUACUAAGACUCCACCCGAGCUAAACCAGAUGAUCAAUACCUUGGCUGCCAGAGAUCACUCCUGGGGGCAGAGCAGUAGAGGCAGACAUUCCCGGUACCGUGGUGUGCACGCCAUGGAGACCAGAUUCGGGCUUGAGCAGCAGGUAGCUGAGUUAGUGCAGACAUUGAAGCAGCCCAACAGUCUUAUUCCGGGUAGAGGUUUGGCUACACCUCCAAUAGCUCAAUGUCAGUGGUGUGAGAGCUCAAAUCACCUAGUGGAAGACUGCCAGGCUAGUGGAAAAACCGCUUUAUUUAGAUCGGGAAAAGCAUACGCUUUUAUGAAACCAUGUGCUAUGGCUCGAAUCCGUAGUCAAUCCUAUUUCCGAUAG